CUCUUUCUCUCUCUAUCUCUCUCUCUUUUUUUUUUUUUGGAAAUCCACACGGCUCUCCUCUCCACACGUCAUUCGGAUGUGAUCCCCCUCCGCCGGCACUCUCCAGAAAAACCUCAAAAGGAAGGAAGGAAGGAAGGAAGGGGGGUAUCACGAAAAACGUAGAAAACAAGGAGCUUUCGCUCUUACAAUUCUUGCGUUGGAGACCGAUCGGAUCGGUUUCGGAGGCGUUGGGAUCUGAAGUUUUUGCUCUCGAUCCAUCUCGGCCUCCAUCCGAUCUCGCGCGCCAUCGGAAAUCCCGCGCCCUCGAUCGGAUUGCGUCUCCAAUCCCUAGGUCCGAUCGUAAAAUUAAGCCCCGAGGCGUCGCGCGCACGGGCGAUCUCGAUCGGAGCUCGGAUCGCAUUGGAUUUCUCUGGAUUCGGGUUGGAGUUUUUUGGUGGUAUCCAAAAUCCUCAGGUCUUCUUCCGAUCUCAAUCUGUGAAGAACUCGGAAUUUGCCCCUUUUAUUAAAUUCCGAUUAAAAGCAAUGGUUGAUUGCCGGAGCUUGAUCGAGUUCUGCAGAACUUUCGAGCAGCACCGCAUCAUGGCCAACUCCCAGGCUUCGUCGGAGCACCGGAGCAGUCAGCCCCGAAACCGGAGGAGCAAGUCCUUGAACCCUCUGUCCCAUCCCUUCUGCGAGCACUCCCCCUUCGCCGCCAUCGAUAUCGUGAUGCUCUUUCUGGUGCUCGGCGCGCUCGCCGUUCUGACUGUUCCUUACUUCAAGUUCAUCUUUCAUGAAGCUGCUGAGCUCCUCCCUGUGGCCGUAGAACUGAUGGGUGAUGUUCUCUACCAAGCCCCUGUUGCUUAUGCUGCUGGUUUUGUUCUCAUGUUCAUCACCGGGAUUGCCGCGUGGGAGUACAUCAGUCAUCAGGCUAGGAAAUGUGGCAAACCUUACUGCAAAGGCCUGCGUAAAGCUGUUGCAUUCGAUAUCCAGCUUGAGUCGGAGGAGUGCGUGAAGUGCCUGCCACCGGUGCCUAAAGAUGCGUUUGGGACUCGCCCCCUGGAACUAGGGGAGGACCACAAAGAACUUGAAGCUGAGCUCAAGAAGAUGGCACCGCUGAAUGGCCGGACCGUUCUCAUCUGUCGCUCCCCCUGUGGAUGCCCUGCAGGAAGAAUGGAAGUCUGGGGGCCGAAGAAAGUACGUAGGAUCAAGAAGUAGGAAAGUAGGCAGGCGUGCCUCCUCUGUUGCUAGUUAUAAUGUUCUUUUAUAGGAAUAAACUAGAAAUACCCGACAGUGAGAUAGUACCUUAAUCCAUGUUUAAAUAAGUGCAUUUGGUAUACUCAGAGGGUUAGCACAUGUAGAAUUCUGAAUAACCAUAAUGCUAUUGAACUAGUUCUAUCUUAAUUCUAAUGUUACAAAGUUCAAGACAUCAUUUUUGAGUUA